UAUACAUAACACUCCUCGACCCUUGUUUGUCAUUCAGCAGUGCCACGAGCAGAGCUCACGCAAGCUCCAUUUGCCGGCUGGCGCACCAGACUGGCCCGUUGUUCCUUUAGUCCGAUCAUCGUGUCUGUACUUCCAUGUAUAGUAUCAGCUAGCACUUACGUACUAUAAGGCACUGUGGGCCUCAGCCUGGUGAGCCUUAAAUGUUACAGUUUGCACACGGCAGCGCAGCGAGUGGGCAUGGCUUAGGCAGUAACUACAAUGCUCCAGCAUCAGCACGCACAUGGCAUAGAAUGUGCCCAUACGGCAUACCGCUGACCCAGCCUCGCGCCGCUCGGACCGCCGGGCGCCUUGGCCCCUCGGCGACCACCAGCGGUGUGGCCCGCGGCCUGGCGUCCGCAACCAGCGGCCCGGCAGCGGCAGUGCUCAGCGGCGGCGGCCCCCGCCUUGCCACCACCGCACCUUCUGCCACAGGGGCUGGCGGCGGUCUGCGGCAGCUACUGCCGCUAGCCGCCUGGGCCCGUCAAGCUGCACCAGCGCCCGCCACUGCCGCACCUGCAGCAGCCGGGGCGCGCAGCUGUCUCCUGCAGCCGGGGCGGCGCGCGCAGCAGCAGGUGCUGGCGGCUGCUUGGAGAUACGGCAGUGGCGGCACCAGUUACACGAGCAGUGACAGGAGCAGUGACAGCAGCAAUAACAACGAUAAGGGCAGAGGCGGACAUGUCGAGGACAGGGCGGGCAGGGGCAGGGCAGGCGGAGGCCGUUGGGCCGGCGGCAGGACGGGCGGUGGCAGUGGCAGGAGUGGCGGCGGCGGCGGCGGCGGCGGCGGCGGCGGCGGCAGGGCGCGUGACCCCGCGGAUGACAUGACCGUGUGUCGGACUCUGGAGGACCUGCAAGCAGUCAUUGAUCGGCGGCUGGCGGUGUGGUCAGAGCGGCAAGACGUGAGCACCAUGUCAGCUGCCUUCAACCUGUGUGGCAAGCUGGAGUCCGCACGCACCAGCGGCCCGGCCCCCACAGCCGCGGCCCGCUUUCGCAUCGUGGCGGCCCUUUCGCCUGCUCUCCUUCCGCUCGUGCCGCGCAUCCGGCAGCCGGCCGGCUGCAGCCUUCCGCUGUGGGCGCUGGCGAAGGCUGGGGCUGCCAUCGGCGGGCGUGUGGAGUCACAGCUGGCGCCGGCACUGCUGCAGCGGCUGGCGGAUCCGGUGUUGCUGAAGACUGCAACUCCUCAAAACCUGGCAAACGCGCUGUAUGCCCUGGGCAAGCUGCGGGAGCAGCAGCAGCAGCGGGGCUCGGGCUGGGACCCCACCUCGUCGCCGCACCUGGAUGCACUGGCGGGCGCUGUGGCCUCGCGGCUGCGUGCGGCGGGGGGGCACGGCUUCACCGCCCAGGGUGUUUCAAACAGCCUUUGGGCGUGCGCCAAGCUGGGGUACCGAGACUCAGACCUCCUGCUGCCGUUGGCGGAGGCGGCCGCAGCCCUUGCCCUGGACAUGAAUGCGCAAGAUGUGGCCAUCAACCUGUGGGCGCUAGAGGUCCUUGGCUGCACCGGAUCGGCGUUUCGGGCAGUGCUGGAGACGCUGUACGGUGCGGCGCUGCGGCAGCUGCGAACACCGAAGGAAGCUGAAGCGUUCAAGCCGCAGGAUCUGUCCAACAUCCUGCUGGCGCUGGAGGGGCUGCAGCUGCGAGGCAAGCAGUCCGAGCUGCUGGCGUCAGCAGUAGCCGCCGCAUGCGUGCGGCGGGGCUUUGCCGGCUUUGAACCGCAGCACCUCAGCAACUCGGCGUGGGCCCUGGCUAAGAUGGGGUAUGGGGCCGGUGCAACGUCGCAAGCCACGCAGCAGAGCCAUUGGUACGCGGCCGCGGCGGCCGCAGCUCAGCGGCCCGGGGUCAUGGCCGGCGCCAAGCCGCAGGGCUGGGCCAACCUGCUGUACGCGCUUGCGUUGGUGCGCCACCAGCCGCCGCCCGCGCUGCUUGACGCAGGCGCCGCGGCGGUGAUGCAGCGAGGCAAUGCACAGGAAUGUGCAAACACGCUCUGGGCGCUGGCGGUGCUGCAGCUGCGGCACGCCGGCUUGGAGGCGGCGGUGUGCGGCCGGCUGGGCGAGCUGCUGCGGCUAGAGCCGGAGUCGCUUAUUGCACAGGAGCUUUGCAAUAGCUUGUGGGCGUUGGCGGUGCUGGCAGGCGGCGUUGGCCCUGCUAGCCCGGCUGCCGCUGCGCUGGCCCCGGCGCUGGCCUAUGAAGCCGUGAGGCGCCGUGAGAAGCUUAAUGGAGAUGACUUCAGUCAGCUGUGGCAGGCGCGACAGGAGUUGGGCGGCGAGGUGGCGGAGGCUCUUGCCCGCAGCCCCGACCUGCUAGCCGCGAUGGAGGCGGCGGUGGCUGCCGAACGGGCGACAACUUCGACCACCAGCAGUACGCAGGAGCAAGUGGCAGAGGCGCUUCAGCGACUGCUGCAGAAGGAUCUCCUGCCCAUCGUGUCCGUGCAGACGGAGGUGGUGGUGGAGGGCGUGCUGGGGCGUGUGGACAUUGUGGCGGACUGGAGAGACGGGCGCAGAGUGGCCAUCGAGGUGGACGGUCCAGACCAUUUCCUCACCAACCGCAAGGACGACCCGUCCGCUGUAAACGGUUCGACGGUCCUACGCAACCGGCAGCUGCGGCGGGCGUUUGGGCAGGGCGGCCUGCUGUGUGUGCCGUACUGGGAGUGGGACAGGCGGAAGACUUCUUCCGCUCAGGAGGCGUACAUGCUGCAGCAGCUGCAGGAUCUGCUAUCGGGCGCUUCGUCAGGAGCAGCAGCAGGGGAAGGCAGCGCCGCCGCCCCUCGCCGCCCGCAGCAGCGGACGACUCCGCCGCAGCCGGAUACUGCCGGCAGCAGUACCACCACCAGCACCACGGCUAGCAGCAGCCAGAAGAGGCGCGUCCUCGUUGUUGUCCGCAGGACGGCGCCAAAGCAGGAGGCGGCCGGCGGCGGUGGAGCGGGAGAGGCCUCGGAUGCAACAGUAGCUGCAAGGACGGUACCGGCGGAGGCUGAGGUGGUGGCCCCAGCCGGGCAGCAGCAAACGGAAACGGUGCAGCGGCUUCCCAGCAGUGGCGCUGGUGGCGGUGCUGGCGAGGGCGGAGGAGACGGAGCUCCGCUGGCGCCGCAGCCACCACCACCGCAGCAGCCGCGCGUGUCAGCGCCCCGGACGCGCCGCAGCAGCCGCCAAAGCCAAAGCCGCGGCGUCCAGGCAGGCUUGCCUGCUCCUUCGGUUGAGGCCCCGCCGCCGGAGCAGAUGCAGGCGGCAGCGCAACCCAGGCGGGCCGCGGGUGGGAAGCGGACUGAGCGGAAAGCAGCGGCGGCUCCGGCAGCAGGUGGCGGCGGCGGCGGCGGCGGCGGCAGUGGCCCCGGGGCGGUGGUGGUGCCGGCCACGGUCUCUGAGAAUCAGGUGGCGGUGGUGGCUGGGGAGGAGGGCUCUACGGCAGCAGAUGUGGAGGGUGGUGGUGGUGGUGGUGGUAGUGGCGGGGCGGGGGCCUGCCCGCGGGCAGCAGGCGGAGGCGGGCGGCGGGGACCGGCAGGCGUGCAGCCUCGAAGCGUACCAGGAACGAGUGAGUGAAGGGGUGCGAAGCAGUGGAUGUGGUCAAUGAAUGCGGCACAAACGUGCACACGACUUGUGGUUCGUGGAGCGGUAUCCCUUGUGUCCUUUUCCAACGCACGUGUGUAAGGAGCAGUGAAUGCAACAUGCUAGGGCGCGCCGCGACGGGCUUUUGGCUUUGUGUGGCGUGUGUUUGGUGCGGUGCCCAGUACGGUAGGCAUCUGUGGUGACGGUCAGGCAGGUGAGCGGCCGUGGGGCCCAGUAGCGGUGGCCAUACACGAGUACAGGGGGGGCGGGGCGUGAAGUAGUGGAGUUGAGGCACCAACGCCAGCUAAGUAGCAACACAUGCACACACGGCGCGCCAAAUGCGCCAAGUUUGAGGCAUGCCGCUUGUGUUCUGUGUGCAGAGGGUAGAUCGCCACGGGUCAGCUGUGGCAGUGGCCCGGGGGUUAUGUGCUGGUGGCGGCUGACGUGGCAAGCAGGCGUGACGCUGGGGCACAGGCGGAGGAAAGGGAGAGACCCGUCCGCGUGUAGCAGGCCACGGAUGGGCCCGGUUGGCACGAAAUACGCGACGCAGUAUGUGUGGACGAUAUUUGGUGGGGUUAACACCCAUCAGUACUCCUCUUAGAUGUGGAGGCCGCGAGGCUCACCACUACGUCGUCGGUACAUCAAACUCGUGCCAACAUCUACCUUGGCAGGUUGGCCCUGGCGGCCUCGGCCCUGGCCCCCCUUCAAGCCCAAUCUUAUCAAACAUCUCUAUCGUAUUGACUCUGGAAUGGGAAACACAGCCUGUUUCGUCAACUAAACGAAGCCAUUUUAAGGAAA